AUGAACUUGCUCGUUUCUCUCCUCAACAAAAGCGACGUCAAGCGCAAGCAGACUUUCAAUUCCUCCACCUGGGUCACCGGAUGGCUCCCGUUGUCGCGCAAACGUGUCCGUGCUGCUGUCGUUGAAGGCCAAACUACCGACCGUGCCACGCUGGAAUUUCUUGAUGCCACCUUCCUACAAAUAGAAAACCAUCUGCGCAAGGAACCAGCAGGGCCCUCGACGUACGCCUGCUUCAUCCAGAAAUUGGCGGCCGCCUGGGACACUCAAGACAAGAGCUCGGGGAUUGAUCGUCUUCGCAGCUUUGGCAUAUCCAAAGGCGAGACUUACGGAGAAAACAUUCGUCGCUGUAAGGCUCUGGCCAUGAUCGUCAUGGUUUCCCACCACGAGUUCAAGCCUUCGGAUGCGCAACUGCAGAUAGCUGUUCGAGACUCCAUGUUGAAGCAGUUUCCGGUAGUGUCUGGGCAGGUGUACAAGGAUGAGCAGCUCUCCAUGGAAGCCCUUUUUGGGCGACAUGCUUCGUGUCUGGAUGAUAUGUGGGAUGUGUUGGACAAGCGUGCGUUCGCGCACACGCCGGCGGUGCAUGGAGAUGAUUUCUGUUCGGUAUCUUCCACGAAUGCUAGGAGUUCCUUUGCUGUUUCGCGUGCUGUAGCUUCUUCGGCGUUGCGUUCGACGGUGACCCCUUCGUGGAGCCAAGGUUCUUCGGCCGCCGUGAUGAGUGUUGACCCUCUACCUAAUGAUGAUCGGGACCCUUGUCUGUUGCACUACAGUGACUGGCCGUUGCAAGGACACUUCCAAGAGAUGUACAAUGUCGCUAGUGAGAUGGCUCUAACCAAGAAUGAUCCGCCAUUGUUCACCCCCUUGGUCUCGGCUGAAGAGCGCCGCAACGCGCUUCGACUGGAGGCUCCGCCGUUUGAUGACAAGUGCGAGUACGCUUCGGAUGACGUCCUUCUCUUCUGGAAACCUCCGUCUGUGUCCUCGCAAUGGACUCCUUCGGCUAUUGACGCACUGGGGGUACGUUAUUCAUGUGAUCGUAAGACACACAAGUUUUUGGGUCGUAACGUGCGUCCUUUCGACUAUGCUGAAUGGGAGCGUCGUCGUGAAGAGAUCGUGCUUACGGGGUCGUACGCCAAAUUUGCUCAAAACCAUGACAUGAAACAUCAUCUACUGGAGACGGGUACCCGCCUCCUUGCGGAAGUCAGCCCCUUCGAUCGUGUUUGGGGUAUCGGCAUGUCUGCAUGCUUUCCAGAGGCGUUUCAUCCAAGUGGGCGGCUAGCGGUUAACGUCGUUGGCCCCAAGUCCGGGACUCACCGCUCUCCGGACCCAGCCUCCGCCCCGCCUCCUCCGAAGCCGCCUCCACAAGAACUACUCGACCGCUUCUCUGAGGCACAGCGCUCCAGCUUCAUGCGGUUGUGGACUAGGCUGCCCGCACAUAUGCACGACAUCGCUUUCGAUCUACACAAUCCGGGAUGGACACCGGAGGCUAUUGAUCGUUUGGCCGACGCCCUUGUGGAGUAUUCUGACGUGUUCUCUGCUUCGAAAACCGAUUUUGGUUCCUGCACCAUGAUGCCGUUUACUCUUUCUGUCCCAGCAGGGACGAAGCCCGUUGCAUCACGCCCGUAUCGUAUCAAUCCGUUGACGCAAAAGAAAGUGGAUGCUGUUUUGGAUCAGUAUUCGGCGGCAGGCCUCAUCCAACAUUCCACGUCUCCGUGGGCUUCUCCUUUACUUGUCAUCCCCAAGAAGGACGGAUCGGUUCGCAUCACCGUCAACUACAAACGUCUCAACGCUCUGGUGGAUUUGGAUGGACAACCUCUCCCUCGAGUGGACGGUAUCUUGGAUUCUCUGUACACCGGGAAAGUGUUGUCCAUCUUCGACCUCAACUCGGCUUUCCACCAGAUCAUUUGUGAUGAAGACACUGGAGCCAACGCAAGUCCGUCUCGGUUCGUCAAGGUCAUCAACAGAGUGGUGCACGGUCUGGAGCGUGUGCUUGCGUAUCUGGACGAUGUCAUAUGUUUCGAUGAGGAACCUCUGGGACACGUGCUGAACAUGGUCGAGUUCUUCAAACGACUGGGACUGUACAACCUCAAACUGUCUCCAGGGAAGGCUCGCGUCGGCGCCACGCACGCCAACUUCCUCGGUCACACCAUCUCUCCGGCCGGUGUUAGCCCUGAUGGCGUUAAGGUUAGGGCGCUCACGCACAUGCCGCCUCCGAUGAAUGUUAAGCAGCUUCGGAGCCUUCUCGGUGGACUCAGCUACUACCUGGAAUUCCUCAAGAAUCUCGCCACCAAGGUGCGACCUCUCAACUCUCUUCUCAAACAAGACGUUCCGUUCAAGUACACCCCGAGCAUGGUCAAGGUUGUUAAAACGUUGUUAAGCGAACUCGCUCGCCCCUNGGUGUUAGCCCUGAUGGCGUUAAGCUUCGGAGCCUUCUCGGUGGACUCAGCUACUACCGGAAAUUCCUCAAAUCUCGCCACCAAGGUGCGGCCUCUCAACUCUCUUCUCAAACAAGGCGUCCCCUUCGAGUACACCCCGGGCAUGGUCAAGGUUGUCAAAACGUUGUUAAGCGAACUCGCUCGCCCCCCGAUUUUGGUCUUCCCGGAUUGGGCAGCAGUCGAGGACAACAGCCGUCCUCUUCGUUUGUGUUCCGACGCGUGUAUCGACGGCUUUGGCGCCUCCUUGGAACAAGAACAGCUCGAUGGCUCGGUGAGACCCAUCGUGUACAUCAGCCGCGCUACUCUUCCUGCGGAGCGUAACUGGACCGUUUUGGAUCUGGAGGCUGGUGGCAUUGUUUGGGCCAUCAAACGCCUUCGCGGUUAUCUGUGGUCGACCAAGUUCAUCAUCUAUUCGGACCACAAAGCCUUGGAGAGAAUUGGCAAGGUUGGGGACUACAACGCUAGGGUGCUCGGACCUGGUACGGUCGUCGGCGUCGACUUCUUCGGACCUCUGCCAGCGACUGCCAAGGGCAACUCCUACAUUUUGUUGUUCAAAGACCGUUUCAGUCGCAGAGCCGACAUGUUCGCAGUUAAAGCGGCGAAAUUUACGGCGAGAGGGACGGCUCACCUCUUCGUCAACCAAUACAUGACCAAGUGGGGAUGUCCGAGUACGUCAUUGUCGGAGAACGGACUGCAUUUCUGCUCGAAGCUCUCCAUUGCGAUCUACGAGGUGCUGAAGAUCAAGAAGGGUGUACAGAAGGACACGGACCAACAGGUGCUCAAGGCCAAAUUUGCACUUUCCUGGACGGGGCCCUACAAAGUUCUUGCGGUGGGUCCCGCCUCUGCCGACCCCACUCCGGACGGCCGCCCGUUGACGCGUAAACUCCUCUACCUGGACCUGCCUUCCGAUCUUUCCGUCCCGGCAGCUCGUUGUCGCGUGUCUGUCCGUCGUUGCAAGCCCUGUCGUAAUCCCUACGAGACGGACGACUUGCCGCAAUUUCUACCCGCCGAGCUUUCGCGUUGUGUUCUGCACUCUUUCGGAGGGUAA